GGGCUCCCAGGAAGAGGAUGCUGCCUAGUCCUGGGGUUCAUGUACAAGGAGAAGUACCGCAGGAUGACUGAAGGUCAGGCRUCCUCGUUCACACAGCAGCCCCAGGACCAGGUGGUGAUCGCGGGGCAGCCGGUGACACUGCUCUGUGCCAUCCCCGAGUACAAUGGCAUCGUGCUCUGGAUCAAGGACGGGCUGGCCCUCGGCGUCGGACGCGAUCUCUCAAGUUAUCCACGUUACCUGGUCGUAGGAGAUCACCUGUCAGGGCAGCACCACCUGAAGAUCCUGCGAGCUGAUCUGCAGGAUGACGCCGUGUACGAGUGCCAGGCCAUCCAAGCGGCCAUCCGAUCCCGACCUGCCCGGCUGACCGUCCUGG